CGCCAUUAUAUUCUAUUUAAAUGCCCUUGAGUUAUGGGAUAUAUGUCAUUCUCAACCGAGAAGUGCAGUGCUCUACUGUUAUCUUGUACAAUCGCACCUGGCACCCUGGUUCUGUUUGCUAGACUGAUAACGUGCAACCGUGCAAUAAGGGACUUAGGUCUUCCCUAUUCUGGCUCACUUAACUUUCUGGAGCACACGGCAAAUGUAGUCGCUAAAGCUCGUCGAAUCAUUGGACUACUGUUCAAAACAUUCACAAUGCACGAUUCCAUAACCACCCUAUACAUGGCAAAAAUCCGACCGCUUUUAGACUAUUGUGCAAUGAUCUACAGUAACAAAAGAAAAGGUGAUCGCCAGAAACUGGAGACGUUGCAGAGAUCGUUCACUAGAUGUCUGCUGGGAAUGUCCCCUCGAAUCUUAUGCACAACGCUGCAUGGCGUUAAAACUAGACCCGGUGUGGCUCAGACGGAUGAAACUUAAUAUAUGUCUCUUAUUCGAUAUUAUACUCAAGCGACUUCAUGCCCCAAGCACGGACUAGAAAUUCACAGAUGGGUCAAACUAUAGUAUUCGACACAACCACAACUUGCUAAAAAUAGAACGGCCUAGAACUCAGGCACGUACGAACUUUUACGUGAACGUUUACGCAAAAAUAUGAAACAGGCUGCCGUCUAAGCUGCGAGAGUGUAAAUCAUCUAACAUCUUUCCUAAGGUAAUCCCUACCUUGUUAGCUGUUAAUAAAGGCCACCGAGCUGCUUAGACCAAAUCUCAC